UCCAAACACUCACACUCACUCCUCUGCUUCAAACAACUAGAAAUAGGAAGAAGCAAUCUCAACUCAACAAAGUAUAAUAUAUAUAUAUAUAUAUAUAUAUAUAUAUAUAUUAAAAAUUAAAAAAAAAAAAAGUGUUUGUAAAAAACAAUAAAUAUUAAAAUAAAUAAAGCCCCAAAAGAAGAUAGACUGAUAGAGUAAUCCUUUGGAGAACCUCUCUUCUUCUUCUUCAAUUCUCUCUCUGUUUUUUUUUUCUCAAGCAUUUGAUGACUGUGGUCCUCAAACAAGAUCCACCUCCAUUCAUUCCUCUGUUUUCUCCUCCAUUAUUAUCUCUCUGUACACUCCUUUGUUUCUUCCUUCUGAGACUAAGCAAUGAGUAAAGAAGAGUUCUUAAAGAUCCAGAAAUGUGUUCUUAAAGUGAAUAUACACUGUGAUGGGUGUAAGCAGAAAGUUAAGAAAAUCUUGCAGAAAAUCGAUGGGGUUUUCACUACGGACAUAGAUGCAGAGCUAGGGAAGGUAACAGUUUCUGGAAAUGUAGACGCUGCUACUUUAAUUAAAAAGCUCUCGAAAUCAGGAAAAUAUGCUGAGCUUUGGGGAGCUCCGAAGGUUAAUCCAAACAAUAACAAUGGCGGCCAUCAGAACCAUCUUGCCAAUCAGAUGAAGAAUUUGCAAAUUGAUAAUGGUAAAAAUGGGGGUAAUAAUAAUAAACAAGGGCCUCCAAAGGGUGGGAACAAUCAGCCGAAAUUGGGCGGAGGCGGAGGCGGUGGUGGUGGGGGUGGGCCACCGCAGAUUCUGCCGCAGCAGCUUCAACAGCUGCAGCAAUUACAGCAACAAAUGAAUGGGUUUUCAUUUCAAGAUCCGAAGAUGUUACCACCGCAGUUAAAGGGUAUGAAAAUGCCGCCGUUUAAAGAUCCGAUUCCGGCGAAUCAGAAUCAGAAGGCAGUGAAGUUCGAUUUGCCGGAGGAUGGUGAUCUGACCGAUGAUGAUUAUGAUGAUGAUGAUUAUGAUGAUGACGAUUUUGAUGAAGAUGAUGAUCUUGAAGAAGAUUUAGAUGAUAUUCCUCUUCCUCCGAAUAAAAUGAAGACGCCCAUUGGUGGUGCCGGCGCAGGCGCCGUUCCUGGAGGCGGUGGAGGCGGAGGCGGUGGUCAGAUGCCGAACUUGCUUAUGAUGAAUGGGAUGAAUGGGAUGAAUGGGAACAUGAAUAUCCAGCAACUAAUUAAUGCCCAGAAGGCUGCUGCUAAUGGAGCUGAUAAGAAGGGCGGUGGCGGUGGCGGUGGCGGAGCUAUGCAAAUGCCUAUAUCAAUGAAUGGAAUCGGCGGUGGAAACAAUGACGGCAAAGGCGGUAAUGGAGGGAAGAAAGGCGGUGCCGGCGGCGGUGGUGGUAACGGAGGCGGGGGCGGUGGGAAUCACAAUCUUGGCGGUGGUGGCAAAAAUGGCAACAAGAACGGUGAAGCUAAGAACGGUAAUAAUAAUGGUGGGGUUCAAAAGAACGGCGGUAAUAGCGGCGGCGGCGGUGGUCCAAUUAAUAAUGGCAACGGCGGAAAGAAGCCCGGUGGUGAAAUGCCUCACGUGAUGAACGGUGGUGGUCCCCACGGUUUUCCGAGCAUGGGUGGCCAUCCCGGAUUGCCGGCAGGAGGAUUAGCCGCCGGUGGUGCUGGUGGUGGAGGCGGCGGCGGCGGCGGAGGGCGGCCGAUGAACAUGCCGAUGGCACAAAUGGGGAACAUGCAAAUGAGUCAAAUGGGAUCCAUUCCGGCCGUCCAAGGUCUCCCGGCUUCCGCCAUGAAUGGCGGCGGACCCGGCAGUGCGUAUUUUCAAGGACCUCCCGGACCAGCGGAGGCAAUGGCCGGUAACCCAUACCAACAGCAACAACAAUACAUGGCAGCAAUGAAUCACCAACGCGCUGCCAUAGCAAACCAAGCAAUGAUGUACGCGCGACCACCACCUGCCGUGAACUACCUGCCGCCGUAUCCGUACCCAUAUCCUCCGCCGCCACCGGCCGGCGAUAAUUACACCCACUUUUUCAGCGAUGAAAACACUUCAAGUUGCAAUGUAAUGUGAAAAAAGAAAAAAAGGAACAAAAGAAAAAAAGGAAAAAAAAGGAAAAAAAAAAUCAUCCAGAAUUUGAAGAUCUUAGCCACCAUAACUAAUUAGAGCUCUAUUAUUAUGGUGAUAAAAUUCUGGUUUUCAUGACAGAUUAAAAAUGUUCAGUUUAUAGUUUUUUAUUCAGGAGAGUUUAAAAAAAAAAAAAAGACCCCCAGAAAAAAAGAAAAAAAAAUUAGAAGUUUGAUGAUGCUCUUAUCAUAUAUAUACUUUGGGAAUGUUUUUUUUUUCUUUUCUUUUUAAUUUUCAGUAAAAUCUCUCCAUUUAAUUUUUAA